CUCGGUGCGCUCAGGAUCCGUAGGAGAUAGUCCCGCCGGGCGCCGCUAGCUCGCGCUGAGGAGCAGACUGGCGCGCGGGCUCCGGCAGGGUUAUCCCCGUUCUUUCGGACGCAGAGCGCGCUCUUGCGGUUGGACUGAGAGCACGAGAGUCCCGUCGGGCGCGGGUGGUGUGUCCCCCCGCGAACGGGAAGUACCGGCCGCUGAAGUGGAGGUGCCAUCAGUCAGGACGUGCAGGGCUCGCGCGGGCGCUUGGGGAAGUCCCGGUGCGUGCGCUGCUCCCGCCCGGCUGUGCUGCACCUCGCGGCGGCGCGGCGGGCCGCGGACACCGCCUGCUGUGCCGGCCGGGUGUGGGCAGGAGGCCCUCAUUUGCGAGGGUCCCGCAGCACACACGCACAUCCCAGAGCCGGCAGAACUGCCUUUCGCCCCCCCGACUGUCCAGUAGGUAGCGCGACACUCAGCGGGCCAGCCCGCCGGGCCGCGGCCCUCACGCAGAACCGAGGCGUGCCGAGAGGCGGGGUAUGAGGAGGUGGGACUGUUCGACUCGCAGCUCAGCCGUGGCGGAGCCGGAUCGCCAGGCGAGCGGGUGACCGUCAUGGGCGCGCAGCUGUGGUGGGAUCAGCUGCUGGCUGGUAGCUCGGAGGUGGACUGGUGUGAGGACAACUACACCAUCGUGCCCGCCAUAGCUGAGUUCUACAACACGAUAAGCAACAUCUUGUUUUUUGUUUUACCACCCAUAUGUAUGUGCUUGUUCCGCCAAUAUGCAACCUGCUUCAACAGUGGAAUAUAUUUAAUAUGGACUCUGCUAGUUGUGGUUGGAAUUGGAUCUGUUUACUUUCAUGCCACCCUCAGUUUCCUGGGCCAGAUGCUGGAUGAGCUGGCUAUUCUCUGGGUCCUGAUGUGUGCUCUUGCCAUGUGGUUCCCUAGGAGAUACCUGCCUAGUUUUCGGAAUGACAGGAGCCGAUUUAAAGCUGCUGUAGGUGUCCUGUCUGGAGUUACUACCUGCCUUGCCUUCAUUAAGCCUGCCAUCAACAACAUUUCACUAAUGACUCUGGGUGUUCCCUGCACAGCUUUGCUCGUUGCUGAGUUGAAGAGGUGUGAAAACUUGCGUGUGUACAAACUGGGCCUCUUUUCAGGUCUUUGGUGGAUGCUAGCACUUUUCUGCUGGAUCAGUGACAAAGCAUUUUGUGAGAUCUGGUCCUCAUUUAAUUUCCCUUAUUUGCACUGUGUAUGGCAUAUUUUGAUUUGCCUUGCGGCAUACCUGGGCUGUGUCUGCUUUGCUUACUUCGAUGCUGCCUCUGAGAUCCCUGAGCAGGGCCCUGUCGUAAAGUUCUGGCCCAGUGAAAGAUGGGCAUUCAUUGGGGUUCCCUACGUCACCCUCCUCUGUGCACACAAGAAAGCACCUGUGAAGGUCACAUGAAGUUAGCCACAGAACGGGAAUGGAGAUGCAACUUAUAUGCCAGCACAGACAGUAUUUAAAUGAUGAUAAUUGAAUAGGGUUGUAUUUUAUCUUCUUCCUCAGAUAUGGAGCACUUCAGGUGUCAUAGAAAGAGGAAGCAAGUGUGUUCUUUCCUCUCUGAGGAGGAGAGAGGAAGCAGGAAGGUGGAGGCCUUCAAACACUAAAGUAGCCGCUGCCUUCUCUGAUUGGCUCUGUUUUGCACUGUAUGUUCAAUGGAGCAUUUCUCUUGAUAAAAGCUUGUUCCAAAUACCAGGCUCAAGGAAUGAUGUUUCUGCAGUAGGUCUCCUCUGGUGCUUAAUUCACUCCAUUUGUAACUUCUGGCUUAAGGCCUUGUUUGCAAAAUAAGCCAGUCCAAGACGCCUACAUGCCAUCGUGUGUUCUUCUCAACUAUGAUUUUGAUGCGGGUGCACAUCACCACAAGAGUGUGCUCAAAGUACGUGCUCCUCCCAGCCUUGUGUUGUAUACAGUGAGUUUGGCUGUGCAUCACAUUGGAUCACAGAGUAUGUGGUUACUUCCCCAAGUACAAAGGAGACAAGUGUGAAGUGUUUGCAACUGGGCAACUGGAUCAGUGCAGUUAGGCAGUGUAAAUGCAAUAGCUGACAGAAGAUUGUCACUAAAAUUAAAUAGGAGUUCAAAGGUUUUGAAAGGUUUUGAAUUUUUCUGUAGACUGACCUUUAGAUUUGUAUGCUGCAUAUUUCCCUCCUACAGAAAUCUCUUUCUACCUCUAUAGAGACAUUUGGUCUUGAAUUUGGUAUUGAAGCUCACACAGAAGUCUGAACUUCAGUGACAGCUCAGGUCAGCAUAGAUUGGCAGUGUGAUUAAACUACAAAAACUCAUAGGUGCCUACCUGUACAUCCAAUUUAAGAGUUAACUUCUGAUCAAGGUAUUGCAAAGUGACAUGAACAAUAGUUCAGUGCUCCGCUAGCUAUACUGAUACUUUUUUAGAAAAAAAAAGUAGAUAACUGCUUAAAAACCAAGCUGAAGACUUAGAUUUCAGUGAGCAAUGAAAUGCAACAUUGAAUCUUGCAUUCUUAGAAAACAACAGUAUAUUCAAAUUUUCUGUUUGUUUUCAGCCUGUUUUGUAAAGAUAAGGGAUGUCUAGAUCUAUUUAAUUUUAAAGGUAUAUUUUGGGUUGAGAUUCAGGAAUGGCUGUGGUUUUUGCAGCAAUUUAUGCUAGUUCUGUUUAAAAAAUGGUGCAAAGUGUAGGCAUAUUUUUCAAAUACUAGAAAUUGUAGAUGCUAGUAGCUGCAGUCUUGGAAAAAAAGGGGUCUGAUUACAUUCCACCUAACAUCGGAACUGUAAGUAGGUUAAGGCUUUGGAUAUUUUUGCAAAUACUUCUUUUUUUCAUAUUAGACCAGGAAAUACCAUUUCGUUUGUGCUUUCCCUUGUCUCAUGUUGUACUUUUUUUUUUAUUAAUGUGAAAAUGUACCUAAAUAUAGUGUUAUCUUUAGAAAGGUGACUUUUAACAAGAACUUUGGGGUGAAUUAACUUUUGAGCAUUGUAAAAUGUUUAAGAUAACUUUUAUAUUCAAAUCUGUGCUUAGAAAACAAGAGCCAAGGUUUAUGCUGUUAUGCUUAAAGCAAAGUUUUGUUAGUGGCAGAUGUGACUCUUGAGAAAUUCAAAGCUGAUAAGUAGCCCACUGUCAGAUUGAUCAUAAACCCAGCAAAAUCUGUCCAGUGGAACAGUGCAGGUUUGUAUCACUUGCUAGUAGAUUUGUAUGAGAAAAACAUGAUUUUUUUGACACAGUCAUGUAAUUUUUAUAUGAAACUUGUUUGUAAAAAUUCAUACUGUAAUGUUUGUUGGUCUUUGAAACACUGCUGCUUUUUCCUUUUCCUUCCUCUCUCCCUAAAUAUGAAAUACACUUCUCAGGUAUUAAAAUUCAUAUGAUUAGAGCCUUAUACACAUAGGCUUGCUGGCUGGAACCCAGCUAAUGUUGUUGUUGCCUGACAUGGUCCUAGUUUGAGUAAGAUUUUUCAAUAUUGUUUUCUAAAUUAUUAUAUUAUGGUAAAUAAGUUAUUUUCAGUAUUGCUUGGGAACUUAGUAAUUGUUACUCAAGUAAUGCAGACAUAAUGCAGAAUUACUGGAGCCUUCCUACUUACUACUUUUUUUAAAGCAACCUUUGACUCAAAGGGCUCUAAUCAAUCUGCUGUCAGCUACUGUCUUCUGCUCUACAGAGUCUGCUCACAAAGAAGUAAUUUUGUAACUGAAAGACCUAGCAGAGAGCAUUUAGCUAUUGCACAGGUGAGCAAACAUAGGUACAGGCCAAGAACCAUCUCCUGUAUUUUUAUUAACUAACCUCUAGCCUUUGUACUCUUCAAACAAAGAUCCCUAUCUGAUCUCCACUGUAGAGCUAGUUGGGAGUCUUUUACUGUAAUAACAGCCCACAACUUCUAGGUGUAGUUACCGCGCUUUACGUUAAAUUAAUAUUAACUUAGAUGUUACGACAAAGGCUACGCUUGUUUAAAAAAUGUAAAAAAAGGCAGUUUUUAUCAGAUUCACAGCUUUACAGAGUGCACCUUCAUGAUAACAUUAGUACCCAAAGAAGUAUGUGAUUGGCAUACAGGGUGUUUGUGCACUGCCCUGAUCAUACACAGGAAUAAACAUGCAAAAGUAAGUGUAUUGUGUUGGAGAUCAUAGAAUCAUAGAAUAGUUAGGGUUGGAAAGGACCUUAAGAUCAUCUAGUUCCAGCCCCCCGCCAUGGGCAGGGACAUGCACCCUCAGGUUUUAAAGCCCCAAAAUGCUUUCUUCCCUUGCUGGCAGGAAAUGUGUGGGUUUGUAAUCUUUAGGUUCAAGUAGUAUUUUAGUUUAAAUAGUGGGAUGCGAUACGGUGUUGAGCAUAAUGUAGAUUCUGUAUAUUGGUGUGUGAAAUCCAUCAUUCAUUAAAGGUUAAACUUCAGGUUAUUCAAGGAAGGCUAUUUAGCUCUCUGUGAUGGCAAUCACUUGCCCAAUUCACAGUCACUAAAAUUCAAUAAGUAGUAUGUAAGGAGUGGUAUUGGGGUUUUUGUUUUUCUUUAUCUCUGUUGAAGUCUGUAUACUGAAUGUUUGUGGAAAGUAUGUAAUACUUUGCAAAAAUAAAUUACAUUCAAA